UAUGACCCUUUGUUGCCAAGCUCAUGCAAAGAGUUGUACCCAAGACCCCAAAAAUCCAUAUCUCAAAGCUCCAUAUUAGAGGAGCAGCCAGAAUGGCUCGACGACCUGUUGGGUGAUUCGGACGCAAAUACAAAAGGGACACUCCACCGGCGAUCAGCUAGUGAUUCAAUGACCCUCUUGGAUGGCCUUGUCUCACUUAAUGAUGAUGACAGUUCAGUUUCCGGCGAAACUGGUUGUGUCUUCGAGUCAGGUUGUAUGUACGGUCCUAAUUCCCCUCGGAGCAAAGGGAAAUUUACCUUUCCAGAGAAUACUAUGGUUUCAGCAUUAUCAGAUUGUCUCUUUCAAAACCCUAUGGAGUAUUUAGAUGGUGGUCUUUGUGCUUCUGGAAUGGUGCAUUGUGAAGUGCAACAUGGAAGCGGCUUAGCUGGGGAGGCUAAUGCAGAGUCAAAGGCAGAUAUAAGGCAUUCUGGGCAAUGCUCAAGGGUUCGUAAACUCCAAUAUAUUGCUGAACUGGAAAGAACUGUUGAUGUUCUACAGACUUUAGAGUCAGAGUUAGCUGUUCACGUUGCUUCUCUUCUUCAGCAACGUGCUGCUUUGUCAAUGGAGAAUGGUAAAUUAAAGCAGCAGAUGGCCAGACUUAAGAAGGAAAAAGUGAUUGUGGAUGGUCGAUAUCAGCCUCUGAAGAAAGAACUAGAGAGGUUGAAAAUUCGUGUAGCUUAUUCCUCCAGUGGAGACGUUGAAAAAGAUUUCAGGUCAAGCUCUGCAGCAGAGGGAGUUAGCUUAGAUGCUGCUUGGCAGAUGCUGGACAUAGGAAAACUUAACCUUAAUUCAAGAAACUGUUGUCUUUUGGAACAUAUGCAUCUUUGCUCUGGGGACGUUAUAGAAAAGCAGAAACCACGGUGAAGCUGAUCAGGUUUGGCCGCCGAAUUCUGCACUUGUUAUCAUCCGGUGAUCUCAUCUUUUAGGAGUUCAUGUACAUCGAGUAGACGUGAUUCUUCUCUUUUCUUUCCUUCGUCCUCCCUUUCUGCUACUGUAAGGUUUCUUUUGCAGUAAAGAUAAGGCAUGGGGUGAAUUUAAGCA